CGAGGAAGUAUGAUAAAAAAAGCACAUCAACAAAUUGGGAUGAGUAUGAAAUGCCACUUUAGUCUGGUAAGUAUAAUCUAAACAUUCGAUUAUUUACGUUAGGUAGUGUUUUAUGGCAAGAAGAUCAAAUUUUGCUGGUGGAAGUUUUGUAUGGUCUCCUACUCGUACUUAUUUACUGCAUCUCGAAAUAAUCAGAAUACCCGGAUAAUUUGAAACAAAAACAAAAACCAGUCAAUGAAAACAAUUGCGGAGCUGAAAGACAUGCAUCCCAAAUCGUAUCUUCAUUUCGCCAUUUUGAUGGGGUUUCUGAGCAUCUCAGUUGAUGGAUUCAAUAUGAAUAAUUCUGACACGCAUUCCAUAAGUGGAUCGAUUCGUUCUACUGAUCUUCCUGAAAACACAUCUGAUUCACUAUCAGAAUCUUUCAUCGAGCUGAUUAAACAGUUAACGGGUAUACAAGUUUAUUUGGAAACCAAGACGAAAGAUAUGGAAAAACGAGACAUUUUAUUGAGUCUAAAAGAAAAAGAGGCUGAAAAACAAAAGAAUGGAAUAAAAAGUCUAGAGCAGCUGCUGAAGCAAAAGGAAGAAUACAUCAAUAAAACAGCUGAAACUCUCAAUAAAACUGACUCCCAAGUAAAACUUCGAGAGGCAGAGGUAAAACAAAAGGAAGACACAAUCAACAAAAAAGAAAAUAAAGUCAAAUAUAACGAAGACUUGUUAAAAAAAAGGAAGGCAGAAGUAAAUCAAAAGGAAGACACAAUCAACAAAAAAGAAAUUGAAGUCAAAAACAAUGAACAAUUGUUAAAAACACGAGAGGCAAAAGUAAAUAAAAAGGAAGUUGCAAUCAACAAACAAGAAACUGAAGUCAAAUAUAACGAAGACUUGUUAAAAAAACGAGAGGCAGAAGUAAAACAAAAGGAAGGCACAAUAAACAAAAAAGAAACUGAAGUCAAAAACAAUGAACAAUUGUUAGAAACACGAGAGGCAGAAGUAAAUAAAAAGGAAGACGCAAUCAACAAAAAAGAAACUGAAGUCAAAUAUAACGAAGACUUGUUUAAAAAACGACAGGCAGAAGUAAAUAAAAAGGAACACACAAUUAACAAAAAAGAAACUCAAGUCAAAAACAACGAAGAAUUGUUAAAAACACGAGAAAAACAGUUGAAUGAAAAAGAAAACGAAUUGGAAAAAUCGAAUGCAGAUGUGAGGAAGCAAAUAGAGCAAUUGAAACAGAAGGAAGAAAAUAUUGAGAAAACUGAAACAGAAAUCAAAAAGAGAGAAGAAAUUUUGAAAAAACAAGAAGAAAUAUUGAAGCAAAUAGAAAAGAAAAUCUGUCCAGCAGUUUCUUGGGUUCCUGCAUCUUUUCAUAAUAAAAUUGUAAAUGCACUUGUAGGAGGACAAAGCGGAAGACUCACAUUGCAUGUUGGGCGAGCAAACCAUUGCGGUUCCCUGAUUCCUGGACAAGUAUAUCUCGGGGGUUCCAUAUUUUUUACAGAUGAUGGCCAUGAAUAUGCAUACUAUGAUGACAAUUAUGAAGUUGCUACAUUUGAUGAAAAAAAUAUCUGUCGAGUCUUUUGGGUCAAGGCAUCCAAUGGUAGUGUCCCUACAAACGCAAUUGUAGGAGGCCAUGACAGUUAUGGAGAAAAAUUAUAUAUCGGAAGAGCAAUUCACAAGGGUGGUUUGUUUCCAGGUAAAGUACAUCCCAGUCAUCAUUGCUUGUACAUUGGAUAUGAUGACCUUGAAUUUCGUUACACCGAGUAUGAAGUUGCGGUAAUCGGAUUACGAGAUGAUAGCUAAGCCACACAUACGUUCAACAAUUUUCUAAAAAAAAAUCCUGCCUAAGAAUUAACUAGAAAAAAAAAUGUGUUUUAGGAUUUGUUGCAUGUUUAGUUAUUACAAAAAAACUAUCUUGUCAACGUUCAAAAAAACAAAAUAAAAAACGGUUGAAAAAACUUGUUUUGAAGAUUUUUGUGUUCAUUUACUCCCACAUUCAACAUAAAGACAUCGAUUUUAGAACCAUCAUUCCUUAUAA